CCGAUCGACACCGGAAGAGGAAAUUAUUCCUGGGGAUGAGCCACAGGUUGUGUCAGUUAAAUACAUCGGCAAUAACUAGGACCAAUGGCAUUACCCACACUCUCAUCUUCAUGGCACAGUCGAAGCAGGGUGCUUGAACAACAGAUUGUGCGUCAUAGAGAGCAGGAAGCUCGAUUUCGGCAUCAAUGGGACGUAACAAACCAGUAUUUUAAACAGUCCAAUGUAUGCAGCAGUAAGCAAGCCCAGUGGAGCUCCAGACAGUCUUACCAACAGAGUAUGAAUGCUUACCAUCGUGAGAAGCAGAAAGAGGAGAAAAAAAACAACCUAGAUCGACGGAAGGAACAGCUGCGUAAACUUUUACAAGAGGAGCGAGAUAUGCUUGAGGCAGAAUUGAAAGAACUUCGUCUAAACAAGGAACCAGCCAUUACACAGAUGAGGGAAAGGACAGAGGAGUUGAAGUCUGCCCGGGAAGAGCGUCGGAAACAGCUUGCAGAAGAGUUAUUGUAUGAAAACUGGAAGAAGAACAAUGACAAACUGCGUGAGGUUGAACAUAGCUUGCAUAAGAAACACGUGGUUGAUGCUUGGUGUGAGCAAGUCACAGAGAAAAAUCAGGAACGAGCAGCAGAGGAUGAGGAAAAGAGGAGGUAUGAAAAUGAAUAUGAGCUUGCAAGGCGAGAAGCUAUAGAAAGAAUGAAGAGAGAGGAGGAGAGACGUAGAGAGGCAGAGGAGGAGCGCGCUCAGGUCCUGCGCCAACAGAUAGAUGAGCUCAAAUUGCGGGAGUUAGAAGCAAAAAAAUUAAAGAGAGAACAAGAAGAUUUACUGAGGCAUCAGUGGGAAGUAGAAGAGCUUGAAGAACAGAGGAAGUUUAUGGAGGAACGCAGAAAAAAGACAGAACUUGGUCACUUCCUGAGUCGUCAGUAUACUGCCCAGAUGAAGAGGCGAGCACAACUGGUACAACAGGAACUUGAAAUGGACAUGAAGAUUCUUGCUGCUCUCAUAAAUAAGGAGGAUGAUCAGAUGCGUCUGCAGUCAGCACGGAGGGAACAAGCUGCUGCUGAUGCUGCCUGGAUGAAGCGUGUUAUUGAGGAACAGCUUCGUUUGGAGAGGCAACGGGAGGCAGAGCUGGACACUCUAUUCAGAGAGGAAGCUAAGCAAGUGUGGGCAAAACGAGAAGCAGAAUGGGAAAGAGAGAGGAACGCACGGAAUCGCCUAAUGAAAGAGGUACUGGCAGAGCGACAACUGCAGAUCCAAGAGAGGAUAGAACAAAACCAACGUGCUCAAAAGGAAGCACUGAAAAUCCGUGAACAGCUUAUUAGAGACCUUGAAGAUGCGAAACAACUCACCUCCAGAGAGAAAAAAGAGGUGGAGGAGCAGAGAACUGCUCGGAGGUUAGAGCUGGAAGCACAGAUUUCUGAACGUUGCCUACAGGAGAACAAAGCCAUUUUACAAUUGGAGGAAGAAGAUAGAGAAGCCAGACUGGCAGAGGAUAAGGAAAAUGACUUAUUGCAACAGGAAGAAGAAAUUAUGACUCAGAGGGGUUAUCAGAAAAAGUCUUUUGGACGUCCCAGAACAGCAUGGUCAUGACGGGAAUAGUUUGAUGGAUGCUGCCUUCAUUUAGAACAGUUGCUUCAUCCGAGACAGCAGAUGAUUUUACAAGAACUAUAAACCAGCAUAUUUAUUAUUAAUAAUCAAAACUUAGAUGUAAAUAUAUUUUGUGCUGUAAUCAUGCUAGUUUUUUAUUCACAAACUAUACUAUGUCUCUGGUAUAAUUUCAUUAUUACGGAGCGUGUUUAAACGUUUUUUGUUUACGUUUAUAACUACUGUUUAUCAGAUAACAUCCUGCAAAUAAAGUUUUGGUUUCACUUAA